AAUCGAGAGUUUGAGUACUUUCAGUUCUAGAAGGCUUUGGUUUUGGUCUUACUUAUUUUAGGUUAUGUUGAUGUGAUUUCAACGGUCAACCAUUACUUGAUUCAUUCAUUGGUACCAUAAUCAUUGAUCUUUCUCAUGUAAUAAUGCAUCAUAACAUUUGAUGUACUAUUAAAUCAUUAUUCAAGAGUAUACAAUUUCUUGGUUUAUAAACAAUAUGGGAGACCGCCCUUCAUCAUCGUUUUCUGCUCAAUUUUCAAAAUUGAAAAAAUCAGAUCACUAUGAAAGUAUCGAAGAAGCGGCAGCCAGGGCUGAGGAGGAACACUUUGGAUUAGUGAUACCGGCAACAGAAGAUAUGCCAAAUCCUUCUACAAAUUCUGAUCAACCAGUUGCCGGUGCAUCUGCUACUAACAAGCCUACUUCAAAAGCCAUCUCCGCUAACUGUGUGUUGGUCAGUCCAAAGCAGAAAGGCAAUCCUCUAUUGAAAAGCAUCACAAACGUUCCUUGGCAGUUUGAAGAAAGCCUCGUUCCCGAUUAUGUGAUGGGCCGUACCACUUGUGCUCUGUUCCUGUCGCUCAGAUACCACACACUCAAACCAGACUACAUAGCCGAGAGGUUGAAGCUGCUUGGCAAAAUGUAUGAUCUCAGAGUGCUGCUCGUUCAGGUUGACCAGAAAGAUCCACAUCACUCGCUGAAGCAUCUGACGAGAAUCUGUCUGCUGGCUGACCUGACACUGAUGCUGGCCUGGAGUGCCGAGGAGGCCGGCCGCAUCAUUGAAACCUACAAGAUAUUCGAGCAUAAGCCGGCCGAUGCCUUGAUGGCCCGGAAAGAGAGCGGACCCCGACAAAAGCUGGUGAAGGCUCUGACUACAGUGCACUCUGUGAAUAAAACUGAUGCCAGUACGCUAUUCACCACUUUCAAGUCGCUCAAAAGAAUCAUCAGAUCUUCUGAGGCGGCGCUGUCCCUGUGCCCUGGAUUCGGCUCCUUGAAGGCUUCAAGGCUUCAUAAAGUUAUUCAUCAACCGUUUUUGAAGGCCAAACGAGCUGAAAAACCAAAGACUAUUCUUGAGAACUUUGUUAAUCGAUCCGCAACAAGUUGAUAAAUAUUGAGUGAAACAGACUGAACUUUUUUAAAUUUUCAUCAAAUUCAUUAGAAUAAAAGUACAUCAAAUUGAUAAAAUAUUCAUUGUAUCUACACUAUCUGUCAUCUAGAAAAAUCAAGCAAGCUACUCUAUAAGCGUCUGAGCGAUUUAAUUUUCUUCUAUAUUAUUUCAGUUGAUUGCUUUUAUGCUGAUUGGAUGGACUUGGUUCAUUUGAAAAAAUCAAAAUCAUAUUGAAAUUAUAUUCUGUGAAAAUUGCUCCAGUUCAACAAAGUUUUGAGAAAAUAAUAAUUAUUUAAUUCCAAGUUUCAUUGAAAACUUUUAUAAUCUAAUUUCUUAUUUGAAUUUUUAUUACAAAAAAGUACAACAUUCAACUUGAUCUUUGAAGUUUGGCGGUAACAACUUGUCGAUGUGUCAUUAAUUUGGUCAUGCAGCGGAUCUCAAUUCAUCAUAUUCUGAUUUUACUUAUCAUAGAUCACAGUCUGAGGAAAUAGCUCAAAAUACAUUAGCAACCAUAAUGUAUAAGCAACCUUAAUUGUACUACUGUGGAAUACUAUCUUGAUUUGUAUGUCAGAACACAUAUAUCCAAUUGCACAAUAUAUCCAUAUUACAGCCGAAUAAUUUAAAAAUAUGAUGAUAAAAGGGAGUGAAAUUUGAGUGAAAAGUGAGAUUAAAAUCAGAAUUUUAAAAUAUGAUGAUAAAAGGGAGUGAAAUUUUUUUAUACAGAUAGGAUUCACAUUAUAAAAUCAACUCAAAUUGCUGUUUGAAAUUGUAUCACCCUAGUGUAUGGACAUUGUCAAUAAAAGUAGCAGCUGUGUUUGAUUUUGGAUUGAUUAACAAUGGUAACUGUUGAGUUGGAGGGUCGUCCAAGAUUACUCAAUAGUUUAAAAUCGCUACUGAAAAAGGUGUACCUAAUUUGGUUAUAUUAUUCACGUCUCACGUGUAAUUAAGUUAUCUUUCAACUACUGUGUAGUAAAACUGAUUUUAUAAAUGUUGUUAUACCUCUUGUAGCUUAAGAGACAAAACAAAGCUUUAACAAUACAACAUUUAGAAAAAAUGAAAUGUAUAGAAAAGCAUUAAUAUCAAUAAUAAAUAAUAAAACUCUGUGAUUUCUUAA